GUUCAAAGCCACGAACAAAACGCUAUUCUUUGAAUGUACAACCAAUUUUUAUUCAUUACAAAGUUCUAGCGCAUGCAGCUACUUGUAAAUACAGUGUACAUAGCGAUGAGCACACAAACCAGAUCGAGCGGCGGAAGUCGCAAUCAAACUAAUAAGAAAAACACAUCAACCACAGGUGGUGGCGGUGGUAAUGAGACCAAUUUCCAGAAGAAAUCAGAUCACGCCAAAACAGACAAAGAGAAACCACAGCUCCAUGUAAAAGCGCCAACCGCUGAACAGAUUCGUAUUGCUCAAAUCACAGAGAUUAGCACCGGUUCAGAUGAUCCAAAAAUGCGCGAAAAAGUGGCCAACCUUAUGGAAACCACUCAGCGCACGGAAGAAGAGGUCUGUUGUGCAUUAUACGAAUGUGACAACGAUCUUGAUCGAGCAGUCAUAUUUCUGUUCGAAACGCUUCCAGUCGGUGCGUUUGAAACAUCAUCAAAAAAGAAAAAGAAUCGUUUAGCCGGGUCUGGUGACGCUGCAGCUACUGAUGGCGAGUGGAACGAGAACAAUAAUGCCGGUAGCAGUGGCUCAAAUAACAAUCCGAACAACAACACCGAUUACCAGAAACCUCGUACUCGUGGUAAUGUUCGCGUUGGACGUGGUAAUUCAGACAGUCGCGGUUGGCGUGGCAGAGAAUCCCGGGAAAAUGAACGUAACGCCGGUGGUUCUGGUGAUAACAAAUUAAACCAGAACAGUGGGCCACGGAGAGGACCACCAAAUAGUUUCCGAAACGGUGGUUUUGGUGCCGGCAGAGGAGGCCGCUCUGGAGGUCGCUUAGGGCCGAGAAGUUCACGAGAUCAAAAUCGUGGCAACUACUUUAGAUCUCAAGAUGAAAAUGAGACAGCCGUUGAUACGUGGGACAACAAUAUAGCAUUGAAUGCUGCCGAACAAACAAAAUCGGAUGACACGUGGGGUGAUUGGGAUAAUGAGGAAUAUACUGGUUCUUUGGCUGAUACCAAAGUAUUUACACCGAGUACAGUACAAAACCAAACAUUAUCACAUGCCGAACAGUUGUCCGCACCACCGGGCUUGGAGCAGCAAAUUCUCAGUCCACCGUCUCAGUUGAACGACGAUUUGGUUCAGCAAUACAGUACGAACACUGUAUCAAGCACACCAUCGGCUGUGUCUGUGGGCAAUAACAACAGCAAUCAGGUGCAAUAUUCGGAUCUUCACGUUCAAUCGUCCACGAAUGCAUCGCAUCUACGACCAGCCAUGGAUAUACCAUUGAACUCGUCCUCAUUGUCUGCCGAACAGUCUCAGUAUUUCAAUUCGCUAUCGUCUCAGCCGGUCAGUGCUGUGCAGUAUUCGUCGCCAUAUGCCUAUAAAUCGAACAUCAACGACGCUGAUCAAGUAGUUGCAGGCCAACCACAAAUCCAACCGGUUGCUAAUCGUAAUAGCAAACGGGCGCGUGUACCACCUCCAUCGAAAAUUCCAUCAUCGGCUGUGGAAAUGCCAGAUACGCUCAGUAACAUUGGAUACCUCGAUGUACAGUUUGGCGCACUCGAUUUCGGUUCCGAAGAAACGUUCGAUACAAUUUCCGAUAAAUUCCAAUCGUCAAACAUAGUUGAUAAUUCACAAAAUGUGGCCGCCACCGAUGUGUCAACCGAUUAUCAGUCGAAAUCACAGGGAUCGAACAGUCUGCAACAAUCGCAAUUGAUUUCAAAUUCAGAUGCAUUGGCCGGACAAACGGAGAAUUUGUCAACAACCGGCUAUAGCCAACGUCAAAAUAGUUCAGUUGUACAAACGCAAACGGCAUCGGCUAACACAUUGGCUAAUGCCAGCGCUGCGCUCGAACAAUUAACAAAGUCUGAUCAUUACGUAAAUCAAUCUAAUGUAAAUGCCACAUCCGUAUCCGGAAAUGGUGCAAGCACAUCGGGUACCUACCAAACAUAUACAAAUAAAUCGUCGACCGUGUAUCAGCCGUCGAAUGUUGCGCCCCAAAGUUACAACAAUUCAAAUUACGCCAACACCCAAGCUUCAAACAGUUCCAAUUAUUCGUCAUCAACAAAUACGUAUAAUUCCUAUAACCAAGGACCGGUGAAUUCGUAUCAAACGCAACAAUCCAAUCUUACUAAUAGUGUUAAUAAUACAAGUAGUGUAACGAAUGUAUCGAAUAGUGGCUCGACAUCGGUUGGAAGCACCAGCUCAGUGAAUAAUGCCAGCUCCAGUGCGAAUACCGGAUAUCUAUCAAAUCAAUAUCCGAGUAGCCAGACGUCGUCUGUGUAUCCAACACAAGCGAGUGCUUAUCAAAAUAACCAGAGUGUGUACGGAAGCAGUAGUCUAAACAACAAUAAUUCAGGGUACACGGGAAACACUAAUACAUCAACAUCGCAGUAUAGUAGCUUUAGCGGUUCAAAGUUAAAUAAAGACUCAACACCCGUAACAACCAUCUAUGACAGUACAUUGUCAAGUAGCACGCAAAGCGUUGGAGCCAACAACUCGGCCAGUAACACAAGCGGUAACAGUAAUAGCAGCUUGAGCUCACCAUCAAUCGGAUUGACAAAUACAAAGGUGACUAAUUCCACUGCUAAAAGUACUGGAGGUGGAAAUGUUGUGUCAAAUAUACCAAUGGUUAGUCAAUAUAUACCGACUGGAAUGCCAUUCUAUCAGCAGCCUGUCUAUUCCUAUGAGGAUAUUCAGAUGUUGCAACAAAGAAUCCCGCCGCAUGUGCCUGCCGGAUAUUACGAUAUCAAUUAUCAGACACCCACCAGUCUUGGUGCUUCUGGCGUACGUGAUGGCAACUUGGGCUCCGUAGCUUAUUCCACAAUGUCCGAUGGCCGAUUCGCUCGAACCGAUAAUAAUUCGAGUCCAGUUAGCAAUGUUCCUAGUACAAUGUCACAGCAAACUGGUUCCGGUGGUCCAAUGCUAAAUCUUCCGUAUGCCUAUUUCUAUGGUGCAAACAUGAUGCCUGGAAGCUUUCAGUAUGGUACACCAGCACUAUACCCGCAACAAUUAGCCACGAAUGCAUCGUCGAAUGCACAAUUCGCCAAACCAUCGUACAACAGUGCGUACGGUUCGUCUGGCUACGAUGCGCUCGGUCAAACAACACAAGACUACAAUAAGACUGCUUAUCAAGGUAGCGGUACACAGCAAUCGAAGGGGCAAAAUGUAUCAAAUCAGCCACCAAGUGGCACUGGAACAGACAUUUCGUCAUCGAUGUACGGUAACAAAAACCAUGCUGCUCUAAGCAAAGUCAAU